UGUCCACACAAGAGCCAAAGCGGUUGUGUUCUUGUCAAGUAUCAUGUCAGUGGUAGAUGAAAAAGGCCUUCCAAGCGGGAAGGAAGAUUACACUCAAGAUGGCACUGUGGACCUCAAAGGUAGACCAGUUUUAAGGUCAAAAACUGGAUCGUGGAAAGCUUGUACCUUCAUAGUAGGGUAUGAGUUGUUUGAGAGGAUGGCUUACUAUGGGAUAUCAUCAAACUUGGUGGUGUUUCUAGGGAGUAAACUUCAUGAGGGUACUGUGGCAUCUUCAAACAACGUUAGCAACUGGGCUGGUGUUGUGUGGACGACACCCCUUGUAGGAGCUUACAUAGCUGAUGCCUAUCUUGGUCGAUACUGGACCUUUAUAAUUGCGUCAUGCAUUUAUCUUUUGGGAAUGUGUUUAUUGACACUAACAGUAUCACUACCAGCACUGCGGCCACCACCAUGUGCUCAAGGUGUAGAAAACCAGGAUUGUCCACAGGCAUCGCCGUGGACAAGAGGUAUUUUCUACCUUGCCUUGUACAUCAUUGCACUAGGUGCUGGGGGAACCAAGCCCAACAUUUCUACCAUGGGGGCAGACCAAUUUGACGAGUAUGAACCUAAGGAGAAUACAUAUAAGCUUUCCUUCUUCAAUUGGUGGGUUUUUAGCAUCCUAGUUGGUGUCCUUUUCUCCACCACUGUCUUGGUUUACAUACAAGAUAAUUUGAGUUGGUCCCUUGGGUAUGGCCUUCCAACCGUUGGGCUAGCUUUUUCAAUAUUGGUGUUUCUGGUAGGAACUCCAUUUUACAGGCACAAAUUGCCCUCAGGCAGCCCUUUAACAAGGAUGCUUCAGGUUUUUGUUGCUGCUGGAAUAAAGUGGAAGGCACAUGUCCCACAUGAUCCAAAACAGCUACAUGAGCUUAGCAUGGAAGAGUAUGCAAAUAACAGCAGAAACAGAAUUGAUCACACUUCCACAUUAAGAUUCCUUGAUAAAGCAGCUGUAAAGACAGGCAAAACUUCUCCAUGGAGGCUUUGUACAGUGACCCAAGUAGAGGAAACCAAGCAAAUGACAAAAAUGGUUCCUAUUUUGAUCACAACACUCAUUCCAUGCACCAUGCUAAUUCAAGCACACACAUUAUUCAUCAAACAAGGAACCACGCUAGACAGGAGUAUGGGACCCAAUUUUGAAAUACCUCCAGCAGGACUUUCGGCAAUUCUGAUUAUCAGCAUGUUGACAAGCAUUCCAAUCUACGACCGUGUUUUUGUUCCGGUGAUCCGGCGGUACACAAAGAACCCCAGAGGGAUCACAAUGCUGCAGAGACUGGGAGCUGGCCUUCUGAUGUAUGUUCUUAUAAUGGUCAUUGCAUGGUUGACUGAGAGGAAAAGACUCAGAGUUGCUAGAGAAAAGCACCUCCUAGGCCAACAUGAUAUAAUUCCUCUUUCUAUUUUCAUCCUCAUCCCUCAGUAUGCCUUGACAGGGGUAGCUGAAAACUUCGCCGAAAUUGCCAAGAUGGAUUUCUUCUAUUAUCAAGCACCAGAAGGCAUGAAAAGCCUUGGAAUAUCAUAUUCCACAACCAGCGUAGCUUUAGGAUGUUUUCUCAGUAGUUUUCUUCUGUCAACUGUUGCUGAUAUCACCAAGAAACACAGUCACCAGGGUUGGAUUUUGGAUAAUCUAAACAUCUCCCGUUUAGAUUAUUAUUAUGCAUUCAUGGUGAUACUGAGCUUCCUGAACUUUCUUUGCUUUCUGGUUACUGCGAAGUUCUUUGAUUAUAAUGUUGAUGUAACUCACGAAAAAUCAGGCUCAGAGCUGAACCCUGCAUCUCUGGACAAUGCUAGAAUAUGCCAGGGCAGUGAAAGCACUGCACAGCCAGAUGCCAAGUAGUAGGAAAAACACAUUCCUUCUAUUACACUCUUACAAAAUAAAAAGCUUCAGCUCAGUCCUGCUGCCAUUCCCCUUUAGUUUCUCGUCCUAGGAAUAUUACUAUAAUCAUGAUGAGUUUCACGUCCAUGAUAAAUCAUCUGUUUUUAGAUAAUGUCCACCAUCUUGUAUUGCAUACAAGAUCAAGCAAAUAUAUGUAGCUAUGCUUUAAUGUAAUUCUAGAUACGCCUCAACCACUGUAUGCUCACCA